AUGCCCAGUGACAGCUUCAGCUCCCUCCUCAGGAUCGAUGCCAGUGCAGUUUCAGUUAUGAGUUCUGCAGUGCUGCCACCCCUGGGAGGAGGCACAGGCAUGGAGCCAACUAGACGUGGAGCCAUCGAGCUGAAGGGCUGCAGACACAGACUCAUUACUGAUGAAUAUAUAACCCUGGAUGCUCAAUGCACAGGGCUGAUUGUUAGCCAGAUUGGUGUCUCAGGCCAUCAGAGUGGGCUGUUCUGUGGCUCCUCCUGGCACUUUGGUUUUCCUGUUCCUCACUCUGAAGAGAAUCAGCAUAGAGAAAAGCAUGGCAUAAAGGAUGAGGCCUACUCUCCCUUGGAGAUUGUGAUGCAGCUGAACCACACCAAUGCUUGGUGUUCGAGUGAUAGAGAAUCACAGAACCAGACACGUGCCUCAGAUUUUCAUCUCAAGGGACUUUCAGAGGAUCCACAACUGCAGCCCAUCCUCUUUGGGCUGUUCCUGUUCAUGUACCUGGUAACCAUCCUGGGGAACCUACUCAUCAUCCUGGCUGUCAGCUCUGACUUCCACCUCCACACCCCCAUGUACUUCUUCCUCUCCAACCUGUCCUUUGCUGACAUCUGCUUUACCUCCACCACGGUCCCCAAGAUGAUUGUGGACAUCCACACUCACAGCAGAGUCAUCUCCUAUGUGGGCUGCCUGACACAGAUAUCUGUUUUUUCCAUUUUUGGAAAUAUGGAUAACAUGCUUCUGACUAUCAUGGCCUAUGACCGGUUUGUGGCCAUCUGUCACCCCCUGCAUUACUCAACCAUCAUGAAUCCUCGCCUCUGUGUCUUCUUAGUUUGGGUAUCCUUUGUAGUUGGCUUUUAAGACUCCCAGCUACACAAUUUAAUUGUCCUACAAUCUACUCAUUUCAAGCACAUGGAAAUUUCUAAUUUUUUCUGUGAACCAUCUCAACUCCUUAAUCUUACCUGUUCUAAAACCUUUAAUAGUAACAUAGUCAUGUAUUUUAUUGGUGCCAUCUUUGGUCUUUUCCCUAUCCUUGCGAUUCUUUUCUCUUACUAUAAAAUUGUUUCUUCCAUUCUGAGAGUCCCAUUCUCAGGAGGGAAGUACAAAGCCUUCUCCACCUGUGGGUCUCACCUGUCAGUUGUUUGCUUAUUUUAUGGGACAGCCAUUGCUGUGUACCUUGGUUCAGCUUUUUCCUCUUCCCCCAGGAAGGAUGUGGUGGCCUCAGUGAUGUAUACUGUGGUCACCCCCAUGCUGAACCCCUUCAUCUACAGCCUGAGGAACAGGGACAUUAAAAGUGCCCUGUGGAGGCUGCAGAGCAGGACAGUCUAA